AAGACGUAGUAUAUAUAUAUAUUGUAGGUCUACCUCCUCCUGCUCCACCCCACUCCUUUUCAUCAUCUCAUCUAUAAAGUAUCAACCAAUUGAAAACACGUAUAGUAGAGACUAAAACAAUGUCUCAAAUCACAGAGGAGAUAAGAAGCAGCGCAACGGAGCUGUACAAAGGCGACGAAAUCUGCCAAGAGAAGUCCAAAUUCCUGCUCAAAGAAGUGGGGUUACCCAACGGGCUACUCCCCAUGAAAGACAUGGAAGAGUGCGGGUACGUUAAGGACACGGGUUUCGUGUGGCUCAAGUCCAAGAAGAAGACGGACCACAAGUUCGAGCAGAUCGGGCGAGCGGUCCAGUAUUCGACCGAGGUCACGGCCUACGUCGAGCCGGGUCAGAUCAAGAAGCUCACCGGGGUGAAAGCCAAGGAGCUCAUGCUCUGGCUCACCCUCAACGAGAUACGCGUGGAUGAUCCCCCCACCGGGAAGAUCCACUUCAAGACCACCACCGGGUUGGCCCGCACCUUCCCCGUCUCCGCCUUCCAAGUCAACGAAGAAGGAGAAAAAGAAGAAGAAGACGAGGACCAGAAGAAGGAGAAACCCGUGGCCACACCGGCCAUCAAUGCACCCUUGCCUGUCAAGGAACUCUAAUUAAUGCUCAAUCGGAUCGAGGCCUGGGAUUCUUAGGAUCGGAGAAUCAACCUUUUAUGAGAAAUCCAAUUUGGCAUUCAAUAACUAUAUAUAAUUCCCUAAGUAUGACAUUCUACAACUUAUAUACUAGAUCGGGUCCCUACGUACGUACUAAGCAUUAUGUCUUUUUCUCAAUUCUUAUAUAUGAAUGAAGUAUGUAGCUGCUAUUUUUAUCUGAGGCUAAAUUUAUCCAAUCGGAGUUCUACUACA